CUGGCAGACCGCUCAGUGGAACCCUGCGAAACACACAGCUUACGUUUUAGCCAGAUACAGAAGGACAUAAUGGCUCUGACCAACCCCAUGAACCCUGUGAACCCCAUGCCCAUGGGCCCAUGGAAGAUCACCGUGUACGACCAGGAGUACUUCCAGGGAAAGCGUAUGGAGUUCACCGCCUGCUGCCAGAACAUCAUGGAGUGUGGCAUGGAGAACAUCCGCUCCCUUAAGGUCGAGUGUGGAGCCUGGGUGGGUUAUGAGCACUCCAGUUUCUUUGGCCAGCAGUUUGUCCUGGAGAAGGGAGACUACCCCCGUUUCGAGGCCUACAGCGGCAGCAACUCCUACCGCAUUGAGAGGAUGAUCUCCUUCAGACCCAUCUGCUCCGCUAGCCACAAGGAGUCCCGUAUGACCAUCUAUGAGAAGGAGAACAUGAUUGGUCGCCAGUUUGAGAUGUGUGAUGACUACCCCUCCCUGCAGGCCAUGGGCUGGUUCAACAACGAGGUUGGAUCCAUGCACAUCCAGAGCGGAGCCUUCGUGUGCUACCAGUUCCCCGGCUACCGUGGCCACCAGUACAUCAUGGAGUGCGACUGCCACGGAGGAGAGUACAAGUGUUACCGUGAGUUUGGCUCCCACGCUCAGACCCCUCAGAUCCAGUCCAUCAGGAGGAUUCAGCACUGAGCAGGAAACACCUUCUUCAUCCCUCCUCCUCUACUCCUCCUCUCCCCCCCCCCUCUUCUUCUACUUCCUACUCCUCCUCCCUCUCUUCUCCCCCCUCUCCUCCUCCUGCUCCGCCUCCUCUCCCUUGCCCAUCCCAAUUCCGCUGGUCCAGCUAGUCCAGGCAGGAUCACGGGCCGGGCCUCAGGUGCUUACCGGCGACGUCACAUGUUCACAACACAUGUUUUUUUUAAAGCAUCAUGAAAGGAAGAACGAAUUGAAGGGAGGAAAGACAGAUAGAGGGAAUGACACAGCUGAGAGAAAGAGUAAUGAAUCCUCGACUCCUCCGCAGAACGGUGACAACACCUCUGAACUUUUUGCUCCUCUUCGUCCACGACAUCGUCAUUAUCAUCGGCAUCUUCUUCUUCUUCAUCACCAUCCUCAUCAUCACUAUUGCCUGUCACUGUGGUUGGAUGGUAAACAUUGACUGAUGAAUAAAGAGAAUGGGCUAAAGAAAGAGAGAAUAACAA